GUUCGGGAGUGGGAGCGCGGGAUGGCGGGGCGGUUUCCGGGGGAGAAGGGCCGGAGGAGGGAUGGGUUUGGUGGUGUGGGAGAGAAUCCUGGGAUUGAUCAUGCGGUCGAUUUGGAUGGCGAUGGUGAUGGUGAUGCUGCCGAGGAGCACGUGGAGCGAAAACGCGAGGAAGAGCGGAUGAAGGAUUUGUUGCGCAGGAUUGGGAGGGCGGUGGGGGCGUUGCAUGCUGCUGGGGUGAUUCAUGGGGAUUUGACGACGAGUAAUCUCAUCCUCCGUCCCUCGGGGGGCAUCAUGAAGCCGCAGCAGCAGCAGCAGCAGGAGCUGGGUGGAGAGGAAGGGAUGGUCGAUCUGGAGGGCGAGGUCGUGCUGAUUGAUUUUGGGUUGGCGAGUCAGAGCGUGCAGGAUGAGGAUCGCGCGGUCGAUCUGUAUGUGCUGGAGCGGGCGUUUGGGAGUACGCAUCCCCGUACGGAGCAGUUCUUCGCGGAGGUGCUGGAAGGGUAUCGGGCGAGUUAUCGCGGAGCUGCGUCGGUGCUGAAGCGGUUGGAGGAGGUGAGGAUGCGGGGGAGGAAGAAGAGUAUGUUGGGAUGAUUACGGUUUUUUAUUGUGGUACUCUGUGCAUGUAGCUAGACAGGAAAUGGAU